AUGAGAAGUAAGAAAGCAAAAAAAAACGAUAAACGUCGAUCUAGCAGAGCUGCAUCUCAGCUGGGUGCCGACUGGUAUUGCGGCUUCGGCACCGACUUCCUAUCGCAAACCAAUUCAGCGAUGGCGACGAACGGCGUCUACAAUGGCGUCGCAAUGAUGACGUCGGGAACUUUCGAAGCCGGAACGUGGGGUCAGCAGGGUGGCAAACGAGACGGGCGGUGUGCCGAGCCGGAUCUACAAGAGUUGCUUGCAAGGUUCUGGGAGCUUGAAACCUGUCAUGUCAACAGUACUCAUUCGGUUGAAGAGACUGCCUGCGAGGAACUGUUUGAAAGAACAACCGUGCGCGAUGCUGAAGGUAAAUUUGUCGUUACCCUACCAAGGAAAGAGUUUGCCAUCGCAAGACUGGGAGAAUCGAAAAAUAUCGCACACAAACGAUUCCUUAAUCUCGAGAGAAGACUCGACGCAAACCUUGAACUAAAGGCAAUGUACCGCGAGUUUAUCCACGAAUAUCUGUUGAUGGGCCAUAUGAAGGAAAUUAGCGAUGAGUCCUGUGAUGAUCCGGUUUACUACAUGCCGCAUCACGCAGUCCUGAAACCGGACAAUACUACAACAAAACUACGAGUUGUCUUCGACGGAUCUUGUCGUGCGUCUAGCGGAAUUUCCCUGAACGACACGCUAAUGGUGGGACCCGUCGUACAGGAUGAUUUGAUAUCGAUCAUCACCCGUUUCCGACUGCAUCGGUUUGCGCUUGUGGCUGACGUAGCCAAAAUGUACCGGAUGGUUCGUGUGCAGCCAUCACACCUACAACGGAUUCUUUGGAGGGAAUCGCCGGAAGAAUCGGUAAACCCCUUCGAGCUAACUACAGUCACGUACGGGACUGCAAGUGCACCGUAUCUUGCGACGAAGUGUUUGAAGAAACUAGGUGAAGACAGUGAGUCGACUCACCCCAUUGCCGCUAGGGUAAUCCAAGAAGACUUUUACGUCGAUGAUAUGCUGUCAGGAGCCGAUAGCAUCGAAGAAGCUAAUGCAUUGAUUUCGGAACUGACCCAGGUAGCCAACUCAGCCGGUUUCACACUCAGAAAGUGGAACUCCAAUUCUGCUAAGUUGCUUUCAAGACUGCCGAAAAAUCUGCGAGAUGAACGAUCCACUCUGGAGUUAGAUUCAUCCAGUUCUACUGUGAAAACACUUGGUUUGCGGUGGGACACUGGUUCGGAUAGUUUUUGCUUUAGUUUUCCACAGUGGCGAUCGAAUUCCGCCGCCAUAACCAAGCGUAGUAUCCACUCAGAUGCAGCGUGUCUGUUUGACCCGCCAGGAUUAGUGGGACCAGUAGUUGUACAGGCGAAGAUUUUUAUACAGCAACUCUGGCGUCUGAAGUGCGAUUGGGACGACCCGUUGGAUGAAUCACUACAAGAAGUUUGGAAAGAAUACAAGCAAAAUUUGAUGGCUUUUGAAUCGUUAUCAGUUCCCCGUUGGAUUGGCUGCAGUAAUGAUUGGUCCGAAGAUCAACUACACGGAUUUUGCGAUGCAUCAGAGGUCGCAUAUGGAGCCUGUCUUUACCUUCGUUGGACGGCUUUAGAUGGAACAAUCACAACACGUUUCAUUACGUCCAAGUCCAGAGUAGCACCACUGGAAAAUCUGAAGACCAAGAAAAAGAAAGUAUCCAUUCCUCGAUUGGAACUGUCAUCGGCCCUUCUACUCAGUCAUCUGUUCGAAAAGUUCACCCGAAACGCACCUGUUAAGUCGGCCUACUUUGGGACAGACUCGAUGAUAGUCAAGCACUGGUUAGUAUCUCAGCCAUCACGAUGGCAAGCGUUCGUAGCAAAUCGAGUGUCGGAAAUUCAGCAUCUCACCAAGGACGGAACUUGGAACCACGUACCAGGAAUUGAAAAUCCCACAGACCUGAUUUCUCGAGUGAUGUCACCAGCUCAACUACAAUAUCAGUCUCUGUGGUUCGAGGGUCCCUUGUGGAUGUCGCAAAUGGGACAAUAUUGGCCGAAAGCUGUAGAGCCUGAACCAGAUCAGAUAGAGCCUGCAUUGCUGGAAGAGCGACCGUCGUCAUCAUUUCCUACUCAAGCACUGCCACCUAGCGACAUCUUUGGAAUGCGUUCGUCAUACACCAAAAUUCUUCGACUAGCGCUUCUUCUGCGCUUCAGAUUCAACGCACAAACCUGUAAUAUGCAGUCCAGAAAAACCGGAAAUAUUUCGCACGAUGAAUUAGAGCAAUCGGUGCUCGUGCUGGUUUGUCUAUCGCAGCAGGAGUGCUUUUCAGCAGAGUUGCGCAGCUUAACAAAGAAUGGUCAAGUUCAUGAAGGAUCCACUAUCAAUAGUCUACGUCCACGUUUGUCUGCUGAUGGUGUAAUUCGCGUUGGCGGUCGGCUUCUCCAUGCGCCGAUACCAGCUUCCAGGAAGCAUCCGUUCAUCUUGGAUAGUCAUCAUCCUUUUGCAACUCUAAUUGUGAGGCAUUAUCAUCUACGUUUGUUUCACGCCGGACAGCUAUUGCUGAUUGCUUCCGUUCGAGAGAAGUUUUGGCCAACCGCUAUUCACAGCUUGGCCAGAAAAGUGAUCCACGAGUGCGUAGUGUGUUUCAAACGAAAGCCCAAGGCGUUAGAGCAGCUUAUGGCAGAUCUCCCGCCUGAACUUGUCACUCCAUCUUCACCGUUUUUGAAAGUAGGAGUGGAUUAUUGUGGUCCGUUCUUCAUCAGAUAUCCUAAUUGUCGUACUCAGCCAGUGAAGAGUUACGUGGCGAUAUUUGUAUUCCUCGCUGUGAAGGCAGUUCAUCUAGAGCUCGUAGCAGAUCUGACAACUCAAGCGUUCCUAGCUGCAUUGAAGCGAUUUGUAGCCCGUCGAGGAAAACCACAACUACGUGCGAUAACGCUACAACAUGCUGUUAUCAAGGAUGCGGAAAACGAUAACAUCGAAUUUCGCUUCAUUCCACCUCGCAGCCCUAACUUUGGAGGGCUAUGGGAGGCACAAGUGAAGUCAUUUAAGAAUCACUUUCGGAAGACAAUCGGUUUGAGGACUCUCACCGUCGAUGAAAUGCUAACAGCUUUAGCGCAGAUCGAAGCUAUCCUCAACUCGCGUCCACUGACACCGGUCAGCAGCGACCCGAACGAUUUCGAAGCGCUCACUCCAGGGCACUUUUUAAUGCAUCGGCCUUUGACUGCGAUCCCAGAACCCGACCUUCAGGAUAUACCAAUCAGUAGACUUUCUAUGUGGCAGCGAGCCCAAGGUCUCGCUCAGCAAAUGUGGAAGAAGUGGAGCACUCAGUACCUGUCUGACCUUCACAAUCGCACUAAGUGGACUAGGCAACGAGACAGCGUGGCAGAAGGAAUGAUGGUUUUAUUGAAGGACGAGAAUACAUCUCCGCUGAAGUGGAACCUAGGACGAGUAGUGAAGAUCUUCUACGGAGCAGAUGGCAACAUCCGAGUUGUCACCGUGCGUACCAAGGACGGCUGUUUCGACAGAGCGAUAUCCAAAAUCUGCGUUCUUCCAAUCCGGGACAACGUCAAGGAAUCAAUGGCAGUUGGGAACUAA